AAGUGGAGUCUUGUUUUUUUGUGUUUAAAGAAAACGCUUGUGGAAUUUCAUGGUGGUUACACUGUAAUGAGGAACUCAGAGCGGGAAGUUUGAGGAUUAUGUGCAUUUUGGAGCAUACAGGAGCUUUUUAGGCUAAAUCAGAGAGAGAGAGAGACAGAGAGAGAGACACACACACAGAGAGAGAGAGAGAGAGAGAGAGAGAGAAAGAGAGACAGAGAGAGAGAGAGAGAGAGGGAGGGAAAAAACGACUCUGAGUCAGGACAGUGGAGUGCUGCGUGGUGCAACUUCCACAUGACUCAAACACUUCUUGUCAACUGUGAGUAGGUGUACACUUGAAUGAACUUUGGAGACGAACAACACACCUUAGAGUGGAUUACUUACAGUGGAUUACUAAAUACCGCCAUAACCAAACGGCUACGCUCUCGCAGUUUUGUCUCGAUUCACUGCCUUCCAUGCCAGUGUGCAGUUUCAGCCAAGUUAAUCUCCAACCUGAAGUCAUGAUGGGAAGGAAGACACCGGACUUGUUUAUCAAGGUUUUCAUGUUGCUCCCGGAGAAAAAUAUUUGGAAAAAAAUGUAGGACGCAAAUAUUUCAAUCAGGGUGUCCUCAGGCAACAUGAUUUUUCCUGGACGGUCCGUUUGGUGCCUUUUACUGACUCUACAUAUGUCAGCCUGCAGUUUGGAGAUAUCUGGAUAUGACAGCCAUGAAGUCAUUUGCUCACAGGGUCUGUCUGAUUGCACCAUGAAGGAUGAGAUGCCUCUUACUUUGCCAGAGAAUGACGCUGUGGAUGUCCAAAACCUGACGGCAUAUUUCAAGCUCUGCUGUAAGGACACAGCGCCGUGUACAUUAUGUCUGGUGAUAGACACAGAGUUCCCUAUUGAUGAUGAAGAUGUGGAGGACGAAGGCCACUCUGGCCUGGAUGAGGAGGAUUACAGGGAGGAGAUGAGGAAUCCAAAAGCGUCCCUGACUGUGUGUUACAAUACAGCACCUACCAUGCCCUCCUGCAAGAAGGUGGAGUUUACGGUUAAUCACACAGCUCUUACUCAGCAAAACCGGGCAAAGCUUUCCAUCGUGAUUACUGAGCCAGCUGGGGUUACCUUCAGCAGUCAAGUGAUUGUUUAUUCUUCUAAACUGCCACAUCCAAGUCUGACAGUUGUUGCUCCGUCUCUGGAUGAAGUGUGCUCCCAGAGGCUGCAGGAACGUGUAGAACAGUGCCAAGCACCAGAAAUCCGCAGCGUAAUUAACCAAGAGAUGAACCUGGUGGAGCUGCAGUCUGCGGACAGCAAUAAGAGCCUCCCCUCUGUCUGCGUCCAGUAUGAGCGCAAUGGAAGAUGCCAGACAUUGAACAGGACCACCAUCCCACUGUAUUGUGUGACCCCCUGCAUGUGUUUCCAGGUAUGGGAUGAGGAUGAUCAGAGGCCGAGGCGCUCUCUUAGCUGCCCCUUCAUUAACACAGAUUUCUUGCAAAGGAACAUGUGGCAGAAUGUGUCUGUGUCUGUAAACCAGGGUCAAAUGAACAACUACCUCUCAAUGCUGUGGUGGAACAUAUCUGCCCCCUGCAGGCUGGAGGGUGAAGUGUGGCCCUGUUACAAAGAGAACAGCUGUAAAGAGGUGAAGGGCUUUAGACAACAGCUGACAAAUGGCAUGUGGAGGCAAAACAGCAAAGGACAGUGGGAGAAAAAGGGGGUGUUUGAAGACAUAAACCUACAGCUCUCACCAUGUGUGAUGGUGAAAGUAAAGGGAAUGGGACAUGAGCUUGGUCCUUUCUGUUUUAAUAACACUGACAGGUGGCGCUGGAGUCUCCUGGUUGUCGGUGUUAUGCUGCUGGUCGGCUUGACUGUGCUGUUGUUCUGCCUCCUUCGUGACUCUGUCAAGAAAUGGGUGUGGAGCUGGCAUCAUGGCAGAUUUGUAGAGAUUGGCAGAAGGCGUCAUGUGGUGUUGCUGAGCCCUCCAGAUGUGGAUGAUGGUGUUUCGGACUCAGUAUGCCGGCUCGGCUCCCUGCUCUGUAACCAGGGCUUCAGUGUGUCUGUGGACCAGUGGAGCAGGAAGGAGCAAUGCACUCUGGGGCCUCUGCCGUGGCUGCACUCCCAGCUGCUGGAGCUGAACAGCCAGGGUGGCCAAGUUGUGCUCGUCUUGACCCGCAAAGCUUUGGAGAGAGCAGAGGAAUGGACUCAUCGGCUCAAAGAAGUUAUCAAGACAAAGGGAGAUGACAAGGGUCUCCCUCAGAUAGCGUCCCCUUACUCUGAUGUGUUCAUGGCUGCCCUGUGCCUCAUCCAAGCAGAAAAGCAGCUGGGCAGAGCUGCAGAGCGUUUUCUACUGGUGAAAUUUGACUCCCAUUCGGGCAGUGACAGGACUCUACCAGAGCCUCUUCAGGGGCUGCUGCUGUUCCAGCUUCCCUCUCAGACCCAGGCCCUCUUGACUGAGCUCACAGUGGGAGGAACGCGGACGCGGUCAUGUAGAAGGACAUGGACAGGGUGGAAAUGGAGUGGCUCAGACAGAUGGAGAGCAAAGACUAAAGGGGGACCAGACCAGCAGACGACAUUACAAUGUAAACAUGUUGGAGAUGAGAAAGACAUGGAGACACAGCCUUUGAAAAACCCAUAAAUUACAAGAUGAAUAUUUUAUUGAUCUGGGAAAAUGAAGGACUACUUCAUCCAAAUUGUGGAUGAUCUAAUAUUAAAGGCUGGCAGGCUGGAAAUAAUCUAUAUUGUUGUUAUUGUCAAGAAUGAUGAGACAACCAAAACUAGAGCCAGUUUAUUUUUUACUGCAGGUGUAAAAUAAUUUCCUAAAGCUGCUGGGCACUGUAGGUUUGAUCAAACACUGCUCAAACAGUAAAUAGUGUAUGCGUUGGGGACUAUUUGCUGAUGGUUGGUCAGGCCCAUGUUCAUAGCUAUAGAGGAAAAUAUGAGAAAGUGUGACAGUGUCAGUGUGUUUUUAAUGCUGACAGUGGAGGUCUAUUGCACAGAGGAAUAAGUUAUUUCGAGCUUUGGCUACACAGACAAUUCUAGUCAUUAUGAUUAAUAACAAGAAUUUGCUUUGGUGGGAUUUGUUGACCAUAAUAAAAUCCUUUAAGCUGCUAAAUGUUUAACCUAAAGACUAAUUAUAUCCGUGUGCUGUAAGUCUUUCGACACUUGUCUAUAAAUAAAUAUACGUAUUUUUGUGCAUGGCGGAUCUCGGAUUGUGAUUGGUCAGCUCCUGCUGAAGGGCUGUGAAUCCUAUUGCAGCAAUCUAGCGUCAGUUUAAGGACAAAAAGGAGUGCUUGUUACAAAUGUGCUUACAUCCCGGUGGGGCGGUGCUGUGAGACUGACGCCUGCUCCGCCCGCUCGGGAUGUUUUUCCAAAGUAAUCAAACACAAAGCAGUCCUGAAGUGUGUCCAGCGCGUCUCUGCUGUGUUCGUUUCAUUUAAACUUUUUAAACCGAGGACGGUGCCGUUCAGACUCAGUGGACGCACACAGGCGAGGUAAAAAACAAAAAACAAAACGCGAAUCAUGUCUGGGGUUUGUGUUGAGGUCAUCCGAAAGGCUAUGAUAUAAUCAGCAACUCAACAUGUCUCCUACCUCUGACCAGUUUCAGUUUAUCAAAGCGUGUCUAAACACUUCGUGCGGCACUGUGGAGGAAGAAGCCCUGAGAGUGAAAGUAGCAAGAGCAUAAUGUAAAAAGAGUUAAGUUACUUGUGCCAAUGUACAUAAUUAUUGUUUAUAAUAUUAUUUGUAAAAAGUACUUCAAAACAAUAACUGCUCAAAAUGGAAAAGUUUUAUUAAGCAUGUAAGCUGCAUUUUAAUAGUGCGACUAGUCAAGGUGGAGCUAACAGGAGCUGUUAUAUAUUCUGUGGUCGUUUGAUCUACAGCAGUGCACCAUGUUUUGUAAGCACAUUAUUUGUUCCUUAGUAAAGUUUGAUGUGGAAAAAUAAGUACUUCCAAUGUAAGUGCAGUACUUGAGAACAUGUAGUUAGUUACUUUGCACCUCCAUCGCGUUUCUCCUUAAUACAAAAAGAAUCAGGAACUUUUUACUCUUACAUGAUGAAGCUGUAGGCAGUUUUAGGGGGGAUAAAAGGGGGAUGCCACCCCUCUUGUUGGUAGAAUGACCAAAAUGCAUCCCCCUUGUUAACCUCCCAUCCCCCCUCUCCAUCUCCUAAUAGCAGGGAUAGUGCAGGUGCAGUCUAGUCUGCUCAACUCAUUGAUCUUUCAUCUGAGUGAGGUUGGGAAGUAUACAUGGGUGUGUGUGUGUUGGCCGGAGGUGUUGGGGCAGGGGGUGUUCCCAUUGAACCAUACCCCUGUUCAAAAUUAACAAAACACUGAGUAAACUUAACGAAUGAUGACAAACAAAGCUACAUUCUGGGACUGUCUCAAAGGUGAAGCUUUUUUUCUUUCCAUCUUAUACUUUAUUUUGCCAGCAAUCUGUUCCCUUGCAGCUCGCGAGCAUCAUUGGACAAACUUGGAUGUGAUAUUUUGAAAGAGAUAAACAUUUUUAUUUUGUGGCCCUGGUGGAACAGAUGGGAGUAAGGAUGUUUCACAGGAACCUGCUGCAGGCAGCUUGGCUCUGUUGUCUGUUGGUGGUUCAGGUGCACAGCUGUCCAGAUAUCUGCAAUAAGUGUUCAGGCCCAGAAAGUGACCAGUGUGAAGAAUGCAGAGCAGGAUGGAUACUCCAUAAUAACAGCUGUACAUUGAUGAGUGUGACACUGAGCUGGGUGUCUGUCCUGCAAACAGUUACUGCAUCAACACAAAGGGUUCCUUUGAGUGCAGAG